AUGAUAUGUCCUGAGACUGCAGCUGUGCUGAAGCGCACUGUUGAGGCCCUUAUGGAGAGAGGAGCCGUUGUGAGGAACCUAGAAAACCUCGGCGAAAGGUCUCUGCCUUAUAAAAUCUCCAAGCACAAAGAGCGGCACAAAAGAGGAGGGUAUUUUUUGGUAGACUUUGAGGGCCCACCUUCGAUUGUAUCGACCAUGAUGGAUCAUUUAGGACGUGAUAUUGAUGUAAUUAGACGUGCUUUUUUAAAGCAUCCAGUAUCAAAGAAAGAAGAAUGCAGCGGCAUAAUCCCAGUCAACUAUGAAGACAAACUAAUUGCCAAGAAGAAAUGAAUAUUCCAAAUAACAUGUUCAAAAC